AAUCGUCCGUCCUGGGAUCACAAAACCCGGUAUCCCAUCACCUCGCCGCCGCAUCCAUUGAACGAUCGAUACAUCGCUUCACCAUCCUUCUCGCGUCUUGCCUUGAGCUGCAUUGCCGCAAAAACCCAUGGAUCGCGCCGACAUCUGGAUCGCCGCGGGGCACCGCUCUGUGACGUCGUCGUCGUCCUGGCAGCCGGCCAGGCAAUGGCGCAAGGCGCUCAACGUCAUCCGGACGUGCCACAGACUCGCGCGGCUCGGCAUUCUCUCCACCGCCGGCGUCCUGCCACGGAGCACCUCCUACGUCGCAAUCAAGAUCCACCACGGCAGCGACUCCGACUCUGCCGACGACGCCGACACCUCCUACGGUGCGGCAUUCUCCGUCGCCGCCGACGACGACUCCUUCAAGGCCCUGGUCAAGGAUAAGCGGGACGACUGCUUCCGCCGCCUGGGCGGCGGCGCCGGCAUCGCCGCCGCGCUGGCGUCCGGCGCGGAGCGCGGCAUCCGCGGGGACGACGGCGACGUGCGGCGCCGCAGGGAGGCGUUCGGCGCGAACACGUACCCCAAGCCCAAGCCCAAGAGCUUCCUCGCGCACGUCUGGGACGCGCUCGGGGACGUCUUCCUGAUCGUGCUGCUCGUCUGCGCCGCCGUCUCCCUCGGCUUCGGCAUCAAGGAGCACGGCCUCAAGGACGGCUGGUACGACGGCGUCAGCAUCUUCCUCGCCGUCUUCCUCGUCGCGGCCGUCUCCGCGGUCAGCAACCACGGGCAGGCCAAGCGGUUCGACAAGCUCGCCAGCGAGUCCGGGAACAUCGCCGUCACCGUCGUCCGCGCCGCGCGGAGGCAGGAGGUAUCCAUAUUCGAGAUCGUGGUCGGCGACGUCGUGGUUCUCAAGAUCGGCGACUCCGUGCCGGCGGACGGAGUGUUCCUCGAAGGGCACGGCCUGCAGGUGGACGAGUCGAGCAUGACAGGUGAGCCCCAUCCUGUUGAAAUCGACGCAGAGAAGAUGCCUUUCCUCACCGCAGGCGUCAAGAUCAUCGACGGCUACGGCCGGAUGCUCGUCACCGCCGUCGGCACCGACACGCUGUGGGGCGAGAUGAUGAGCAGCAUCACCAAGGAGACCACCGUGCCCACGCCGCUCCAGGAGCGACUCGAGCGCCUCACCUCCAGCAUCGGCAAGAUCGGUGUCGCUGUUGCCGUGCUCGUCUUCACCGUGCUCACCGCGCGCCACUUCACUGGAAGCACCAAGGAUGACCAGGGGAAGCCGCUCUUCGACAAGGCCCAUGUCACCUUCGACAAGGUAUUCAGCGCCCUCGUGGGCAUAUUUCAGCAGGCCGUCACCAUCAUCGUCGUCGCGAUUCCAGAGGGCCUCCCGCUUGCCGUCACGCUCACGCUCGCAUUCUCAAUGAAAAGGAUGGUCAAGGAGAACGCGCUGGUGCGCCGCCUCUCGGCGUGCGAGACAAUGGGUUCCGUCACGGCCAUCUGCACUGACAAGACCGGGACACUCACGCUGAACCAGAUGAAGGUCACCGAGUUCUGGGUCGGCACGGAGCAGCCUACAGCCGCCACGGCGAUUGCCGGUGGCAUCGUCAGCUUGCUCUGCCAGGGAGCUGGGAUCAACACCACCGGAAGUGUCUACAAGCCGGACAACGUAUCGCCGCCGGAGAUAUCGGGCAGCCCGACGGAGAAGGCGCUGCUUUCCUGGGCCGUGGCGGACCUCGGCAUGGACGCCAAUGAGUUGAAGAGGAGCUGCAAGGUGCUGCACGUUGAGGCCUUCAACUCUGACAAGAAGCGCAGUGGCGUGAUGAUCAGAGACAACGCCACUGGCUCGGUGAUCGCGCAUUGGAAAGGCGCGGCCGAAAUGGUCUUGGCCAACUGCUCAAUGUACAUGGACGCCGAUGGAGCGGCGCACGAUCUCGGCGUGGAGCAGAGGAAGAACCUCGAGAAUGUCAUCAACAACAUGGCUGUGGGCAGCCUCCGGUGCAUCGCCUUCGCCUACAAGCAACUCGACAGCGAGCAAGCCAAGAUUGACGACGAGGGGCUGACACUGCUGGGCUUCGUUGGCUUGAAAGACCCGUGCCGACCAGAGGUCAAAGCGGCCAUUGAAGCUUGCACCAAGGCCGGCGUCGCCGUCAAGAUGGUCACCGGCGACAACGUCCUCACAGCACGCGCGAUCGCAAAGGAGUGCGGCAUCAUAUCCAGCAACGACCCCAACGGCAUUGUCCUCGAGGGGCACGAGUUCCGCGCCAUGUCACAGGAGCAGCAGCUUGAGAUCGUGGACAAUAUCAGGGUCAUGGCUAGGUCGCUGCCGAUGGACAAGCUGGUGCUGGUGCAGCGGCUGAAGCAGAAGGGCCACGUGGUUGCCGUGACCGGCGACGGCACCAACGACGCGCCGGCGCUCAAGGAGGCUGAUGUCGGGCUGUCCAUGGGCGUCCAGGGCACCGAGGUGGCCAAGGAGAGCUCUGACAUCAUCAUCCUCAACGACAACUUCGACACGGUGGUGACGGCCACACGGUGGGGACGCUGCGUCUUCAACAACAUCCAGAAGUUCAUCCAGUUCCAGCUCACCGUCAACGUCGCCGCGCUAGUCAUCAACUUCGUGUCGGCGAUCACCACCGGCAAGAUGCCGCUCACCACCGUGCAGCUCCUGUGGGUUAACCUGAUCAUGGAUACCAUGGGCGCGCUGGCGCUGGCCACGGACACGCCCACAAAGUCCCUCAUGGACCGCCCGCCCAUCGGCCGCACCGCGCCGCUCAUCAGCAACGCCAUGUGGCGCAACCUCAUGGCGCAGGCGCUCUUCCAGAUCGCCGUGCUUCUCGCGCUCCAGUACCGCGGCCGCGACGUCUUCGGCACCGAUGACAAGACCAACGGCACCAUGAUCUUCAACGCCUUCGUCCUCUGCCAGGUCUUCAACGAGUUCAACGCCCGCGAGAUCGAGAAGAAGAACGUCUUCGCCGGGGUGCUAAAGAACAGGAUGUUUCUGGCAAUCAUCGCCGUCACGCUCGCCCUGCAGGUGCUCAUGGUGGAGGUGCUCACGAGGUUCGCCGGCACCAAGAGGCUCGGGUUGGGACAGUGGGGCGUCUGCCUCGCCAUCGCCGCCGUGUCAUGGCCUAUCGGCUGGGCCGUCAAGUUCAUCCCAGUGCCAGACCGGACGCUACAUCAGAUCUUCACACGCCAAAAAUCAUCAUCAUAAUUCAUACUGCAUUGUUCAUAUUUCACAUAGCUUGAUUAUUAGGGGAUUCUUUCAUACUUAGAUACAUUGUUUCCUUUAGACAUCAUCCGUCGAAUCUUACUACUCCGUAUGUAAUUAUUAAUAAAUAUACAGUUCGUAUUUUCUUUUC